CCCCUCUCCGUCCUCUCCCCUCCUGAAAAAUCCCCCAAAUCUGAGCGGCCAAAACAUGGACGGCGAUGGACCGCCGCCGGCGGCCCCGGCCCCAUCGGUGGCGUCGGUGCUCGGCGACGACGACCUCUUCCGCGAAAUCCUCCUCUUCCUCGGCUUCCCCAACCUCCUCGUCCGCGCCGCCCUCGUCUCCAAGCGGUGGCUCCUCCACGCCUCCGAUCCGGUCUUCCUCCGCCGCUUCCGCGAGCGCAACCCGCCCCGCCUGCUCGGAUUCUACGCCGGCUACCCCGGCCGGUAUCAGUUCGUGCCGCUCCCGCAGCCCCGGGAGCUGGUCGCCCUCUCGCGCCGCCCGGCCUCCCCCUGCGACGGCGCCUUCGCCCGCGGAGCCGAGCGACUCAUCCACUGCCGGAACGGCCGCCUCCUCACCGCGUUCCGCAGCCGCUGGCGCCAGCUACGCGGCGGCAGAUUCAAGCACUAUCUCCUGGCGCCGCUGCUCGCCGGGGAGGCCCCAACCGUCCUCCCACCGGCACCGCCGCCCACCCAUGAGCGCGCUCAAGCGAGAUUCACCCAGAUGUUCCUUCCAGAGGAUGGGGCCCGCGACGGCAUCACCUUGGUGCAUCUCUUGAUGGUCAGCCGAAAAGUCUAUGCCGAAAUAUACGCCCUGGGAUCCGGCGGAUGGGGCGUCCCUGGCACCGCGGUGAUAGAGGUAGAGCACCCGCAUGGCACAACCUUCCUGGAAGAAUUGCUGCCGCCCGUUCAUGGCAAGGUCUUCAUGGUGAGAACCUCUGGGUACAUCCUGGGUCUUGAUUUGGCCACGUCAACCUUCUUCACCCUCGAGCUCCCAGUUGGAGUGCGGCGCAGUUACCUGCUGUCAUGUGCGGAUGAUUCCGGGCUUUAUCUCGUCAGUGCAGCCGGAUUUCAGCUCAGUGUGUGGCUGAAUGGGAUGACCGGUGACGGCCAUGGCGCAGCUGGUUGGUUGCUGGUGGACACAUUCAGUAUCCGUGAGGGAUGCACACGUUUUGCUGAUCAAAAUCAGACUUUGAUGCCACAAGAUGGUGAUUUUCUUCGUGUUGCUGCAGUCGGGGACAAUGCCGAGUUUGUAUUCUUGGAUUAUGCAACAUAUGGUGUUGUCCUUUAUGUUCAUCUGAGGAGCAGGGUGGUUGAGAAGGUGUAUGAGCAGGCACCAUAUGACCAUGGUAAUGUUCAUAUAGGCCGCAUACAUAUCUCUCCCUUUAUGAUGAUGUGGCCACCUGUUUUCCCUGCACUGAACAGAGGACAUGAUAAAGAGCAAUUAUCUCAGCAUGUUUGAUCUUUGUUAUAUGUCGCUGGGUACAACUUCUAUAAUAGCAAGCUAUGUUUCUCUGAUGAGGUACUGAAAUGGAUGACCUUUAUUUAUUCAGAUGGUUUUGACUGCA